GGGGGAACCUCUGUCUUUUCUGAACUGCAAAGCUGAGCAGCCACAAAACAAUGAAGCUGAAACAUGUUUAUCUCCUGCUGGGAAUUUCCUUCCUGCUCUGCACUUCAAGCCUUCCCACAGGUGAGUCUGAGGGAUGAUGGGAAAAUCCUAUGCCUGCUUUGAUGUGGGAUAUCCCUAAACAGAGAUGCUAUAAACUUAGUAUUGGGCAUGGAAGGAGCCCAAGUCUUUUGAAUUGAGUCGCUUGUUCUGAGAAGGAAGCAAUGUCUAGCAGAUUUAUUGCAAAAUGAACAAAACUUGAGAUUCCUCAAAAAUACAUUUUUAUUCUUCUGUUGACCACUGUAGUUUAGGAAUUCCAUACUAGCAAAUGAAUUUCAAUCCAGAUUUUGCAUUUGCAAGAUGAGUUCCACAGGCUUCCCCACUUGCAACCUUUUAGCAAAAAUGUUCUUGUUUCCUAUGAAUAUGGUUCGCCAGCUCUGCAGACAUGUGUGCAUAUAUGUUAUCAUAUACUGUAGUUUCCAUUGCCUCCUUUCUUUCUUUUUAUAUAUAUAUUUUUUAUUAAAUUUUCUGUUUUACAAUUUAAAAGACACAUUUUACAUCCUUAAGAUAUCAGUGACUUCCCUUCUUCUCUUUCCAUGGUUCAUUUUACAUAUCAUAAAUCCCUACAUAUUUUACAAAAACUAUACUAUUCAGUAUUCUAUUAUUGCAUCCAUCAAAACUUGUUUUCACUGUUGAAUUUAUCUUAAUGCUGCCAGCGUUUUCAGCUGUACACAGUUAUUUCCUGUAUAUUCAAUAAACAUUUUCCAAUCUUCUCUAAACGUAUGUUCUUCUUGUUCUCUUAUUCUAUAUGUUAAGUCUGUGAGUUGUGCCUAUUCUGUCAACUUAAGUUGCCAUUCUUCUUUUGUUGGGACCUCACUCGUUUUCCAGUUUUGGUCUAACAAAACACGAGCCGCAGUAGUAGCAAACAUAAAGAACCCUUUUUGACACCUGGGAAUCUCAGUCUGAAUUAUCCCCAACAGAAAGGACUCGGGGGGGGGGGGUUGGUGCUGGGGAAGUACUUUUAAACAUUUUUUUCAAUUCAUUACAGAUUGUUUCCCAAUACUCUUUUACCCUUUCCAUUGCCUCCUUUCAGCCUUCGGCGUCCAUUACUCGGUGGUCCAGUUUCCAGCAGAGGUCACUGCCAUCGUGGGAGACAACGUCACCCUGAAAUGUGCCUUCUCCAUCCAGACUGGGAAGCCCACUUCAGCCAAGGGGGGCAUGUCCUGGUUGAAAGGCCCAAGGACGGCAGAAUCUGUGGUGGUCCCAGGACCCCGCUUCAGCCUGUCUUAUCCAGACACCUUCCUCAGCCCAGGAGAGGGACUGCUGGUCAUCACCAACGUCUCCUUGGAAGAUGCUGGGAGCUACACUUGCCAAGUGAUGGUGUUGGGUGAAGAGGAGAUGUGUGGCAAUGGGGUCAAGCUCCAUGUUUAUGGUAAGACAGUCCAGCGACAGGUAGGUAGGUCUGUUGGGCAUUGAGCCUUUCGCCUUCAGAAAAUGCUCAUAGAAACAUAGAACUGUAAAGGAUGAACCCCCCUGCAAUGCAAGAAUCUCCGUGUCCCUCUGCAUGUCUAUACUUCAACCAAGGUUCUUUGGUCAGGGUGUCCGGAUGGCAGGAAUAGCCAAUGCUGCAACCUCUGGAUGUUGUUGAGAUACAACUUCCAUAACCCCUGGCUGUCGCGCAUGUUGGCUGGGGACUGGUGGGAGUUGGACUACAGCAACAUCCCCUGCUUGAGGGUCUCACAGCACACGAUUGUGCUUGCCAAGCUAAAUAACACUCAUAAAGAAUACACGGCCCUCCAUAGGGGUACGUAAGCAGUCCCCCUUUCCUGUUGAAACAUCAUUCCCAAUUUUCCAUAUUUCAUGGGGGGGGGGAGCAUGAAAGAGAGAGAAGGUGUUUAGCAUUUGCAGAACCUGAGAUAUGAGGUCAAAUGUGCAGACACAAUUCUUCUCACUUUUUUGUGAGAAACCAAACCCUCUCCACUCUGUUCACUGUUUUAAUUUGCCUCUCUCCCGGGGGGGGGGGGGGAAUCCUCCAGAUGGUCUUGAAACAAUUCCUGUCUUAAUUAUAUACACAUAUAUGUCUAUUUAUUUAUCAAUGAAAUAAACAACUAUCUGACUUUUAGAAGACAUCCGAAGGCAGCCCUGUUUAGGGAAGUUUUUAAUGUUUGUUGUUUUAUUGUAUUUUUAGUAUUCUGUUGGGAGCCACCUAGAGUGGCUGAGGAAACCCAGCCAGAUGGGCGGGGUAUAAAUAAUAAAAAUAAAAAUUAUUAUUAUUAUUAUUUAUUUUAAAAAGUAUACUGUUAUUUUUGUUUACAACAAAAAUGCAUAAAAACACACAGUAAAAGCAUAUUAAAAAGUUAAAACCACACCUCAAUUAACCCUUGUAGAAGAAUGUAUUCUUAGUUGCCUGCAUAGGCCUGGCAGAACAGACAAGUUUUCAGCAGAUGUUAAAAACUUGGCACAGAAGGUGCCUGCUGAAUCCCUGUCGGCAAAGUAUCACACUGUACACAGGACUGGGUCUAUUUCUUGAUAUUAUCAAGUGAGCCUCGCCAACACGGAGAUCAACCAGCGAUGCUCCUGCUGAUGAUCUCAGGGACGGAGCUGGGCUAUAAAGGUUCAGAAGAUCCCUUAGGUACCCUGGACUUAAUUUGUGCAGGCAGGGCUCUGCAAAUUAAUAACGUCAGCCUGGCUCAGUGGUAGAUGGGCAGCCAGUGAAGUUGUUUUAACAGUGGUGUGCUGUCUUCCUGGCCAGGCACCUCCUUCAUCCAUCUGGCGACCACAUUAUAAACAAGGGCUGUGAUGAAACAAUCAUCGUCCUCUUAAAGUUCUCUCUUCCAGCCUUGAUGCCACGGAAUGCCCUUUGCUGGACAAAAUUCCGAAAAUCCUCUUUUUGCAGCUCAUUGUUCCUGGGCGCGGAGAGGAAAAGUCAUCCACUCUCCAGGCUGCUACUGAAUACUUGUUGCUAGAAAGUGCUGGAGGUAAGAGUGUUCUUGCGCCGCUGGCAACUGCUUUCCUUUUCUCUUUGCCUCCCGCAGCUCGCCCCACCCAGCCGGUCGUUUUCCUACAACUCCAGACUGAGCCUGAAUCCAAAUGGACCCUCGUUUGCAGAACGGGAGGCUUCUACCCUGCUCCGGUGCGGCUCACGUGGUAUCAUUCUGGACUCCAGCUGAAUUCCUCCCAGCAGGAUUGUACAGAUCCCACCGGCUUCUCCCAGGCUUCUAGCUUCUUAGGUUUGCCUAAUCCUCACCAGAGGGCGAGCUACACUUGCAGCGUGGAGCACCCAUCGGUGUCCGAGCCGAUAAGCGUUCAGUACUCUUAUGGUGAGUGGGUAAGGAGCAGCCAGAAGUGCUCAGAGCACUUCUGCCUCCUUGUGGUCGUUUGAGGAUGUACGGAAGGUUCGGAGCUCACUCGCGCUGGAGAAUAGGAUACAGUAUUAGGGACUGUAGUUCUUCUCAAGCAGUUACACCAGUGCCAGAUUUAUGUAUAAGCUAAACAAGCUAUAAACAAGCUAUAGCUUAGGGCCCCACUCUCUUGGGGGCCCCAAAAAAUUUAAAGGGGGAAAACCUGUAUGUACAUUUCCAAAAUAUAAGAUAAAAAACAAAUAAAAUAAAACCUACAUACAGCAACCGUGUUUUGUGUUGUGUAGGCUCCUAUGAUGUAAGUAAUUGGCCCCCGCCUGCUAGCCUGCUCCCUAAAAUAUCACUCGUUCGCUCAUUUCUAUGUAUAGGGUGCCUACAUUCUGCAUGGACUGUUAUGUGCCAAUGUCUUUAGAUACCUAUUAGGUCCAUAAAUUACCAUAUAGCAUCUAUUCAACACAAAAAGACAGCGACCAUUUGUUGUUGACAAAGGACAGCUGGACAUAUAAAGGGGCCCAUUACCUUCAGUAGCUUUGGGCCUCAUCAAACCUAAAUCUGGCUCUGAGUUACACCCAGUGCUAAUUUUCUAGAAAAAGAGAAUCCAGGGCUCACCAUGAACUUCUCCCUCAUUCUCUUAGAAUGGCAAUGGCGCCCACCUGAGAGGGGCCGCAGCUGAGCUCCUGUGAGCUCUGGCUGAAAAAAGAAGCCCUGGUUACACCCGAUUCAAAUUGGCUUGCAAAAGCUCUAACUCAUGUUCUCCACAAGCAAGGUUUUUUUUUAACAGUUCCAGUUCUGAAAACUGUUUUUUAUUAGCAAACUGUAUUCGGUUCAAUAGCCUUAAAAUCCAUUACCACAGCACUUUAAAAAAAUCAAAUUAAUAAAUAAAAUGUUUAAAAGAAAGAAUACACGUGGUGGCGAAAACAGAAGGAAUAAUGACACAUGUGCCACCUCAUCUGGCAAACUCACUUGUCCAGAAGUUAACACUAGCAUAAAAGUGCCAAGAAUCAGAAUCCUCGACUUUAUCGUCAAGGAUGAGUUGGCAACCUCAAACUCAAGGGCCAAAUUCAGCCCUUCAGCCCUAUCUGGAACUCAGGGCACACUCCUUUUCACUAGUCCUGCUUUGGAACCACCUGAAAUGAUUUUGCCAGGCUUGAACUGGCAUAAUGCUGUUUGCUGGCCUGGGUGGUAUGUGGUGGUAUGUGUGUAAACAUGGUAUAAAAGAAAAUGUCCUACCUUUUACUCCACUCAUGUUUGCACCUGGCUCCGCCCACCACUAGCAUGUGGCCCUGAGAAGGUUGCCUAUGAGGCAAUGUGGCCCUUGAGAAGUUCCCUAACUCUGUUAUGGACUGUUACAGGGAUUUUCAUUGUACCAUUAUUUGGUAACUGCUUCUCCCUGUGAUGCAUCACUUUAUCAUUAAUUUGCCUUCCCUUGGGGAAAGAGGCAUUUAAAGUUGCAACUCCAAAUUGCUUUCCACUGAGAGGUCCACCAGAAUCAACAGGAAUACACUCCCGUUGUCUGUUGUUGUUUAGUCAUUUAGUCGUGUCCGACUCUUCGUGACCCCAUGGACCAGAGCACCCCAGGCACUCCUGUCUUCCACUGCCUCCCGCAGUUUGGUCAAACUCAUGCUGGUAGCUUCGAGAACACUCUCCAACCAUCUCGUCCUCUGUCGUCCCCUUCUCCUUGUGCCCUCAAUCUUUCCCAACAUCAGAGUCUUUUCCAGGGAGUCUUCUCUUCUCAUGAGGUGGCCAAAGUAUUGGAGUCUCAGCUUCAGGAUCUGUCCUUCCAGUGAGCACUCAGGGCUGAUUUCCUUAAGAAUGGAUAGGUUUGAUCUUCUCGCAGUCCAUGGGACUCUCAAGAGUCUCCUCCAGCACCGUAAUUCAAAAGCAUCAAUUCUUCGCCUAUCAGCCUUCUUUAUGGUUCAGCUCUCACUUCCAUACAUCACUACUGGGAAAACCAUAGCUUUAACUAUAUGGACCUUUGUUGCUUUCCAUUAUUCAGAGGCAAAUCCUACAUCCAGAACCCACAAAUCGUUUCUACUCUAACCGAUCAUACUCUCCUCCUUCCAGAACCACAGAGCCGGUUCUCUUCCCCUCCCUUGGUGAUUGAAGUUCUGAACCUGCUGAAGAUUGGGGUAAUCUUUGGCAUCACCAUUGCCCUUCUUGCACUAGGUACGUGACAACCCUCUCCUUUCUUGCCUCAGAUCUCCCAGCAUGCACUCAGCUUAAGUCUAUCUGGUGAUUUGGUUUUCCUUUGACAGCAUGACUGCUGUCCUUGUCGGGUUUUCUUCUUUAUUUCCCUGAGUAUACUGCAUUGACACAAUUUUCUCCAGCUGUGAUUCCUUCUACCUUCCUGAGUAGUUCUGGUGGGCAGUCCUGCUCCAUCAGGGAUCACACACAAUAAACAGAAUGAGGCAGGUGCAACACCUCUAGGGGGCUGGGGUGUCAAUAUUGAGGGGACCCAGCAUGCAGCUCACACAUGUGCUGUUACAUGUGACAUACAUUGAGCAUUGCAGCUUCAGUACCCAGCUUCUCCGGAGGAUACAACAUCAUGACAUAUGUUACGUGCAUGAUGUCACAUACAUGCAACACACAUAAUGUCAUGCACGUUCAACGCACGACAAGCCUCCUCAGCCUUGGGGGCAACCUGGUACCUCUGGAAUGAGGUCACAGAUACAUAGCUAGACUUGAGGACGUCACUAGGGCAAGUGAAGGCAACUGAGAAGUGAGGGGGUCAUAAUUCACUAGCAAACCUUUUACAGCACAUGCAUGGAGGGAAAUUGGCAAGGAGGGGAGAUGGCUUUCAGCAAUGCCCACAUAGUUUGCAGAAAGCAUUUUUUUCUUGGUGCUUUUGGCUCAAUUCUAAAGCACAUAUGGGUACUUGCUCCCUUGACCAUAUAUUGUCUUUGUUUCUCUUCCACAGGGUGCAAAAAGCAUCUGAGAUGAUCUCCGGUAGGUCAGGCUACAGAACUGCAACAUCAGGUCCUAGGAUCUGACAUCAAGGGGUACUUCUAAGGGCAGAGGCAGAUAUAGGUUUUUAUAGAAGAAUCAGGCCAGUUUGGAAGGACCUCCUCGGCAUUCCAGAUAAGCAUUCCUAUUCAUUUCCAGGGCUGAAGUCAGGUGUGGAUGAGAGAUUUAUCACUCUGCAUAUUUGUAGCAAAAUCCAGCUGUGGACAGCACCUAUUGGCUAGUGCCGGUCAUGUUUUCAUUUAAACAUUUAGGAACUGGUGAAUAUAUAGGUGGCGAUUUUUUUUAUUUUUUUUUAAAGCAGACUGUCCAAUUGCAGCAUGGGUGGAAGGCAUGGAUGGAAGGCAAGGGUGGAAGAGUUCAACUCACCAGAAUGUAAAUUGUGAAACUGC